UUUAAUUUAAAGUGAGUUGAAAAAGAAAAAAAAAGAAAGACACGAGUCACACUUAGAGGUUUAUUUUAUUUUCAAUGAAUCACGUCAUGUUUUUAAUCGGACACGAAAUAUAAAAACGAUGAACACGGCGAAGUAAUUAAUUGGGUACAUUAUAUAGCUAUUGAUAAAAAGGUAAACAAUGUCGUCAAGACAUAAAAGUAAACAUCUGUUAACUCCCGCCCAACACAUGGUGAGUCAUUUUGAUUACCAUAUUGUAAGACUUUUGCUUAAAGGAACAAUUUAACGAUAGUAUCAUUUUUUUAAUUUGCAUUUUACACAAAUACAUCUAUUAUGAUAGAAACUGAAAAUAUUCAUGACGUCGUUCGAUUUCAAGCACCAGAAAACUUACUGAGUUUUGACGAUGAAAUAUCAACACCAAAAAUCGUUACCAAUAAACAGGAAACUACACAACAAAUUCAUGGGCCUAUACGAUUAAAUUACUUAUUAUCAAAAGGUCUAAGGAAAUCAGAUAUCGUGUUACUUAACCAAGCAGGAUUUACGACGGUGGAGAGUGUGGCAUAUUCACCUAACAGAGCAUUGUUAGCAAUUAAAGGGAUUUCUGAGCAGCGGUGUGAAAAAUAUAAACGCGCAGCAAAAGAAUUAGUUGGAAUGGGUUUUUGUUCCGCAACGCGGUACAUGGAAGCACGUGAUAAUCUUAUACGAUUUACCACAGGAAGCGUACAAAUUGACAAAAUUUUACAAGGAGGAAUCGAGACAGGAAGUUUGACAGAAUUGUUUGGAGAAUUUCGUACAGGAAAAACUCAGUUAUGUUACACACUUGCGGUAACGUGUCAACUUCCUUUUGAACAAGGAGGUGCUGAAGGAAAAUGCUUAUGGAUUGAUACAGAGGGAACAUUUCGUCCAGAGCGUAUACGUCGCAUAGCAGAGCGAUUCAAACUUAACAGUGAAAACGUUUUAGAAAAUGUUGUUUACGGAAAGGCAUUUAAUACCGAUCAUCAAUUGGAACUUAUAAUUGAGGCUUCCGCUUUAAUGGUAGAAAGUCGGUUUGCACUUCUAAUUGUAGAUUCUGCAACGUCAUUAUACCGUGCUGAAUACGUUGGUCGUGGUGAACUCGCUGCUCGUCAAAAUCAUCUCUUACAAUUUUUAAGACGUCUCCAUAGUCUUGCCGAUACGUUUGGAGUUGCUGUCGUCAUUUCUAAUCAGGUUUGUGCCAAAAUUGAUAUGAUACCUUCAUUCAAUUUUGGAAGAGGAGUGGAAAAAGUUCCUAUUGGAGGUCAUAUUAUGGCUCAUUCAAGUCAAACACGACUCUCAUUGAACAAGGCUAGGGGAGCAACAAGAAUCUGUAAAGUGUACGACAGUCCAAGCCUUCCCGAAUCAGAAGCCGUUUUUCUUAUCACAGAAGGUGGUGUCUCUGACGUACCAGACACUUUUUCGCCUAAAUUUCAAAAUAAUAAAUAUGCUAACCAAGAUUGUCAAUCGGAUGAUUCUUCUUCCUAAUUAUAUAUAAAGCGAAAUCUUAUUUGUUCAUGUCUUAUUUUAUUUACUAAACUACUAUUAUCAUAGCAUUACAACUUUUUUCUCAAUAAUUUAAUUUCUUUUAAAUUUUUUGGUAAUUUCAUUCUAUAAAAUUUAACGCAAUGUAUUGAAACCUUA